CUUUUCCCUAAAGAACAACAAAUCCAAGAUGGAGGACGUAGAGAAAUUCGCGAAGAAGACUUUAGCAUUGCUUAGUAUCGAGCGAAAAGCUGAGGUUGACGAAGCCAGGGCCUUUCAAACAAACAUCAGUCCGGCGGAGCUUCAAAAGCGAGGGGUGUGCGUCCUCAAGCUAUCAAUAAGGAAUAGAUGUACGGGGUUAUAUGGCCGGAGUCUGCUAACGUUCGAGAGAUUAAGGCCGGGUGGCGAUAAUAAGCUGCCUUCUCACCGUAUUACCACCGGAGAUAUUGUUGGUGUGAGUGCCUCUGGCAAAAGUGCAAUUGCAGAAGAACUAUGUUCAGGAAUAGUGACUCGUGUCACUGACAAUGGGAUAACAGUUGCAUUUGAUGAUGCUGUUGACACUGAUGAGAUCGACGAUGAUGGCCUAUAUAGACUUAGCAAGCUGGCUAAUGAUGUCACAUACAAAAGAAUUAAAUGUGCGAUGGGUGAACUAACAAAGUAUAGGAGUGGCAGAGCCUCGCAUCUAAUAGAUGUCCUGUUUGGACGGGUUUCAAUGGGCUGUCCAUUGCAAUCCAUAUAUUUUGGCAAUGAAGAUGAGAUGGAACUGUUUAACACUUCACUGGACCUUUCUCAGAGAGAAGCAGUCGGUUUUGCCCUGCGGCAGCCAGAGGUAGCUGUCAUCCAUGGCCCACCUGGGACAGGCAAGACAACAACAGUGGUAGAAAUUAUACUCCAGGCGACCAAGAAAUGUGGAAUGAAGGUUCUUGCUUGUGCUCCUUCAAAUAUUGCUGUUGAUAACUUGGUUGAAAAGCUGGCCAGAAGUAAGGCAAAGGUUGUUCGUCUUGGUCAUCCUGCCCGCCUGCUGAAGGACAUACAGCAGCACUCUUUAGAUGCCAUUCUUUCAUCAUCCAGUUCAACCGCCAUCGUUCAAGACGUUCGACGGGACAUUGAUCUCACCAUGAAAAAAUCAUGCAAGUCAAAACCCGCAGAGAGAAGACAACUACGACAGGAGAUAAAAGUGCUCAGAAAAGAACUUAGAGACAGAGAAGAAAAAGCAAUGCGAGAGAUAUUGACAGGUGUCGAGGUUGUCUUGGCAACCAAUACCAGUGCCGGAGAUACCGGGCCCUUGGGGCUUUUAAAGGAAGAUCAUUUUGACCUGGUGGUCAUUGACGAGGCUGCACAGGCACUAGAGGCAAGUUGCUGGAUACCUCUACUACGAGCACCAAGGUGUAUUCUGGCAGGAGACCAUCAUCAGCUUCCUCCUACCAUCAUCUCCCCUAAAGCUGCCAAGGAUGGCCUUGAGGUGACUCUGAUGGAGAGAGUGGUACAUCAGCUUGGAGAGAAAGUUGUGCACAUGCUCACCACCCAAUACAGAAUGCACGAGGCGAUUAUGAAGUGGUCUUCAGACCAAUUGUACAACGGUCGUCUCGAUGCCCAUGUGUCUGUAGCCACUCACUUGCUUUGCGAUCUUCCAAACAUCCGCAAUACUGACGAGACACGCCUACCGCUCCUGAUGAUUGACACCGCUGGAUGUGAUGUCUUGGAGAUGGAGGUGGAAGAUGAGUUGUCUAAAGGAAAUGAGGGCGAGGCUGAUAUUGUAACCGCUCAUGUCACUGCGCUGAUUGACGCUGGCUUGAACCCGCGCGAUAUUGCUGUAAUAGCUCCAUACAAUUUGCAGGUUGAGCUGUUGCGUCAGCGCCUCUCCCCCUCACACCCUGCGGUGGAGGUCAAGUCUGUUGAUGGGUUUCAGGGCAGAGAGAAAGAAGCCGUCAUCCUGUCACUUGUCCGCUCCAACUCUAGAGGUGAGGUUGGCUUCCUGGCGGAAGAUCGGCGGAUUAACGUGGCGAUCACACGGGCCAGGCGUCAUCUGGCCAUCAUCUGUGACUCGGAGACCGUGAGCCACCACCCCUUCCUGCGCUCCCUUGUAGAUUACAUGUCUGAGAAAGGCGAGGUGCGGUCAGCAGUAGACUACCUGACGGACCAUGUGACGGCUGACGCGGAGUCCCUUCAAACAGACCCCUCUAUACUACUGCGUGGCGGCGACGUAUUUAGCCUUCCAGUAACCAGAGUAAAAGAUGAAGCAGUCUUACUAGAGACAUCGAAGUCAGCUCGUUGUAAGAGAAACCCGCUUAGUAAAGCCCAGUCUCCUGCUCUCCAACCGCAAACCGCUGUUCAACACGAUAGUGGGCUUUCCCAUGAUGCUUCAGUACAUCUGUGCAAUGCCGGCCGGUACAGUGCCAUUGACAAAGUGACUGGGGUAGACCUCGGCAGGCCUCGUGUAGAUGAUGACCGUAAAGCUGAGAAGCGAGCAGCGCUACAGGAGCGGGUCCAGACUUUCAUGACUGACAGUAAGAGAAACGUACUGGAGUUCCCUGCGUCGUUUAGCGACCAGCAGCGGUUUAUGGUGCAUUCGAUUGCUGAGGACUUUGGCCUUGAGCACGAGAGUAGAGGCGAAGGCAAGGAAAGGUACAUCACAAUCCGCAAGCCUGCCAAGAACACGCCAACAACUCAAGAACCACCACACAACGACAAUGAUAUGUUAAGAACAUGUCCCUUGUGCAAAAAACUCAUCCCUACCACCAACCUGAGCUUGCAUACUCUACACUGCGAACAGAAGCAAAGAGCAUGCGCACAAGACGGUCAGCCACAGGUAUGCGCCGAAACCUCUCGUCUCAAAGAAUCAAAGGAAACUAGACGAAAACCGAAAAAGAAAGCGGCGAAUUCGGGCGGUGAAAACGAGGAAGGUUUUGAAGCAUUGCUUGCUACUUUUUCAAAGUUAGACACGAGAUGUGCGUUUGAGUCUUGUAAACAAAAUAUCUCGCUGUUGGGACAAAAGUGCGUUUGUUGUACGCGGGUAUUUUGCUUAUCACAUCAUAUACCGGAAGUCCACGGGUGCGGCAAAGACGCCAAGAUUCGCGCAAGACACCAGUUGGCGCAUGCUCCGCCGCGAAAACCGCAACGUGCGGACAUGACACGGAAGGCUCAUCUUCAGCGGAAAUUGGAUACCAAACUGGACGAGAUGGCGAGCGGAAGAAAGUCGAAAAAGAAAGAGUCAAAGAAAUAAUUUCCAUACCGUGUUUUCACCUUAAAUAAAAAAAUUCAAAACAAAAACAAUAGAGAAACACAAAAUAAUCCAAUAUAUCCAACAAAAGAAAUUGUUUAUUGUCAAAUUUCGAGAUUUUUCCCCAAGAGAACUUUGGAGAACUUUUGGGAUGUUGUUAAGAAUGUUUUUCUUAUCAUAUUUAGGGUAUUUAUAUUUAGGUGUAUUGUACCCCUACCAUUCGAAGUAGAGUACGGUUAUUGCACCCCUAAAAUACGGAGUACGGUUAUGGCACCCCUACUAUUUGAAGUAGAGUACGGUUAUUGCACCCCUACUAUUCGAAGUAGAGUACGGUUAUUGCACCCCUACCAUUCGAACUAGAGUACGGUUAUUGCACCCCUACCAUUCGAAGUAGAAUACGGUUAUUGCACCCCUAAAAUACGGAGUACGGUUAUUGCACCCCUACGAUUCGAAGUAGAAUACGGUUAUUGCACCACAUCGAAUCCUGCAGGUGCAACUUAUUAUGCAGAUUACGGCUGUUAAAUGUUUAAUCGUCACAGAUGUCACAUUGCUAUCUCGGAAAGCAUUGAGAGGUUGUAAAGGUUUGUCUUAUUGCCGCGUCUAUAACAGGUAAAUAUCAAACUGUAAAAUGACUUACUGGUUUGAAAUCUUAAAGGUUAAAAAAAUAGCUACAACCAUAUUUUUCAAGUUAAAGUUUUAACAUUUAGUGUUUUUGUGUCUUUAAGUUUUAUUUAUUUAUUGUUGCGUAAUUAACCGAUUCAAACCAAAACUUAACCGAAUUUUUUUCCUUACAUUUCUGGCGUAUUCAAAUUGCCGAUAAGUUAAAACGGUUUCACCAAACUCAACUCCUGCCGUUAGAUCUAGAAGGAGAAAAAUGACAGCAUGAAAUAAAAACAGCCUCCCUCUCAAAA